GAAUUAGAACAUAAAAGCUUAUGUUUUUUGCAACAUAAAAAUUUGUAUUUUUGUAAUCUUGAAAUUUUGCAUAGUCGAUGACAUUGCACUGUGCAUUUUCUGUAUGAGAGCUUAGAUCUUUCUGCAUUUUCUGUAUGAAAACUUAGAACUUUCUUUAUCCCAGCGCAACAUACGGCUAGCUCUCGAUCUCGCUAUAGGAAACUGAUAAAGUGUAGCUAUUAGAUCAUACAAAAUGAUAUACUAUUAACUAAUUAUCAUGAAAUAAACAAUGAAUUUGCUGAUUUUUUAUGAAUUUGCUGAUUUUUUUAAAUUAUAAACGGAAUUGUCAAUAAUAAUUGAAGAUUAACAUCUAAAAAAAUUAGAAAAAAGAUGCUGAAAAGAUCUGAAAAAAAUCUUACACGACGAUUGUGGAUUUAGAUCCUACCUCACUAGUAACUGUGCAUCCCGUCUUGUCAAGUAUAAUGGUCCAGGAGCUGAUUCCACUCUGGCCAACUUCACUUUUGAUACCGGCAGGAGGAAGAAGAAGAAAAAAAAAUAGAGAAGAAGAAAAAAAAAAUAGAGAAAGAAGAAGAAAAAAAAAAUAGAGAAAGAAGAAGAAGAAAUAGGUAGGUAAAUGUAUAAAUUAAAAAAGAUGAAAUAGAAUUCUGAUAAGAAAAACAGAAUAAUUAAAAAAGUCAAGUUCCAGGUGUGAAAUAUCUUCGACAAAUAAAAUAAGAAAACUAGUAUUUUUAAUAAAUUUCCAAUGAAUUAACCAUAAAGACUUGAUAAAGACAAUUUUUUUUUAUAAAGGACUAUACGAACAAACAUUCAUAAGUGAAGGAACCUUUUAUGGCAAACGUUUUUUGUAAGCCUCGUUAACUUGGCAUUUAACAAUCAGCUUCAGCUUGUGAAAAUACUAGGGUUAAAUUGAGCAGAAAAAGGAUGAAUAUGCAAAGUUAUAUGCGUUUUAAAUUAUAAGGUUAUCGUUGGACCUUUUCCCAUGUGAGUAUGCUCGCUGGUUUCUACCCAAAAGUCAUCUUCUAUGAAACUUCGAUGAAGGCAUUCUUUCAUUUCUAUGCAUCAACAAAGACAAUAAUACAAAGUAUUCUCAGAAGAGGAUUUUUGAGAUGGAGUGGGUGUUUCCAUAUCCUUCUUCUCCAAAUGACGGCGGCUCUAUAUCUUCCGCAACCGCCUCCUCCACCAAUUUUACUGAGUAUACUCAAUCCUAUCCAGUUGAUUCCUUUUCUUCUAAUGGGGAGUCUAAGGGCUCCGAACCCUCAUGCACUUACCCUCCGUAUCCACCCAUGUCAACACCGAGUCCAGUUGUCGUACCGGAUUCACGAAAAUUCAGCGUCGGAUCACUACUUGCUCGGGUAAUGUCAUUUCCGUCUCCACCCAUGCCAACAACUAGUCCAGCAGUCGCAGCUGACUCACAAAAAAAGGGUGCCGGAUCGCUAGUUGAUAUGCUAAUGGAAUGUGCUGAAGCUAUUCAAGAAAACAAUCUAACACUAGCAGAAUCACUUGCCAAACGGAUCGGUUUCUUGGCCGUCUUUCAAGCUGGAUCUAUGCGUAAAGUAGCUACUUAUUUCGCUGAAGCUUUAACUCGAAGAAUCUAUAGACUGUCUCCGCAAAACCCUGUUGAUCAUUCUCCGUCUAACGAUCUCUAUAUGCACUUUUAUGAAGCUUGCCCUCUUCUUAAAUUCGCUCAUUUCACUUCUAAUCAAGCGAUUCUUGAAGCUUUUCAAGGUAAAGAAAGGGUACAUGUUAUUGAUUUUUCUAUCAAUCAAGGUCUGCAGUGGCCCUCUUUAUUACAAGCUUUAACUCUUAGACCUGGUGGUCCGCCCCACUUCCGGUUAACAGGAAUUGGACCGCCUGCUCAUGAUAACUCGGACUAUCUUCAAGAAAUAGGUUGGAAAUUGGCUCAAUUGGCAGAGACUGUGCAUGUGGGGUUCGAGUACAGAGGUUAUAUUGCAGAAAGUUUAGCUGAUCUUUAUGCUUCUAUACUUGAUCUCAGGCCAGGUGGGGGUGAGUCAGUCGUUGUUAACUCAAUUUUCGAGUUGCAUAAAUUAUUAGCUAGACCUGGUGCUAUUGAGUAUGUUCUUUCACUUGUCAAGCAAAUAGAACCGGAAAUUGUUACUAUAGUUGAGCAAGAAGCAAACCAUAAUGAACCGGUUUUCGUGGAUCGGUUAACUGAGUCGUUGGGUUAUUAUUCGGAUCAUUUUAACUUGUUGGAAGCAUCAAUUGAUAGCACAGAUAAAGCUAUGGCAGAAAUGUAUAUAGGAAAACAAAUUUGUAAUAUUGUGGCAUGUGAAGGAGAAGACCGAGUUGAAAGACAUGAGACAUUGACUCAAUGGCAAACUCGGUUAGACUCAGCUGGGUUUGUUCCAUUUCAUCCCGGAGCUAAUGCAUUCAGGCAAGCAAGUAUGUUACUAGGUUUAUUUAGCGAAGGGGAUGAGUAUAGAGUGGAAGAGAAUAAUGGUUGCAUGAUGUUGGGAUGCCGUACUCGUCCACUCAUUACCACCUCUUUGUGGCGGCCGGCCGACAAAUAGUAUGUUUUAUCGAUCUGAAUAAAAAAUUGGAAAGCACAUGUAUUUCUAUUGGGAUAUUUUCAGAAAAUUGUGUUCCAUAUUAACUUCAGGUUUCAUGCUUUGACAUGGAUCUUUGUAAUCUGAAGAGAUUUUAGCUACUGAUUUUAAAUGCAUUAAUAGGAACUGAGCCUGAAUGUGCCCUGAUAAAAUGUUGGGGAGCUGAAUGUGCUUUGACUGGAUUUCCUUUCCUGUAGAAUUAGCAUCAUGCCGAUCCUUCCUUUAAUGAAAAAAUAUUUUUAUGGCUUGAUUUAAA